AUGUGUUUUGGGGAAGAAGAUAAAGAUGAAAGGGGGUUGCAGUGGGGUUGGUUUCUGCUUUUAGUAACUCUUGUUUUUGCAGGUCCUUAUCACGGUGGAGUUUGGAAAAUAAAGGUGGAAAUUCCAGAUGCAUACCUGCAUAAAUCUACGUCAAUUGGUUUUAUUAAUAAAAUGUACCAUCCAAAUGUUAAUGAGAUCUCAGGAUCAGUUUGUUUAGAUGUUAUCAACCACACCUGGAGUCCCAUGUUUGAUUUGACAAAUGUGUUUGAAGUGUUUCUCCCACAACUUCUCUUGUAUCCUAACCCGUCGGACCCAUUGAAUGGGGAGGCAGCUGCCCUGAUGAUGCGAGACCGAACUUCAUAUGAACAAAGAGUCCAAAGGUAUAAUGAUCCAUAUCAGCUGCUUAUUUGUUAA